AUGUACUCUGCAACAUAAUUCCAUAGUGAGGACAGUUCAGUGACUUAAGAUUCGGACUAUUAUGCAGUUAAGAAUACAGCUCUGAAUAAUCUUUGCUCUCUAAAUCAUUAUUAGAUAAAAAAUUAAAGUGAAAUUUUUCUAGCCUCAAAUUUUUCGAAAGCUAAGCAAAUAUUUCAUAAAUAUUUUUUUUGCUAAAAUUUUAGCAUUCACUAAGUGACCAUACAAUUUAUCUAUUGUUUAAGGCUGCAGAUUUCAUUUUUUAUAUAAUAUCUUGAGUAAAUUCAUACUUAUAGAAAGCAAGGAGCUUUGUCUCUUCUCCCUCAAUGA